UAAAAAAAAUCGAUCGAGUAAUAUAUAAGUUUUGAGUUUUCGCCGAAUAAAAAUACCAGACUUAUUAAUUCUCCAUAAAACUUCAUUAUAAAAUCAUCUUGGAGAUAAUGGAUUUUACUUCGCUUUUUUUUGUUCUUUCCUCGAAUAAUCACAUGCUUGAUAGUUUAUCGUCUGCCAAAAGCCCGCUACUUUCUGUCGCAUGCAAAUGCGCGCGCUUGAUUGAUUGCACAGACGAGAAAGUUUGUUUUGGAACUCCGGGAGUUCUGGGAUAAAAAAUCAAAACAUACGGAUAUAUGGACGAUUAACGCAUCUGGAUACAAAAUGCCACGAUUUAGAUACUGUAAGAAAUGCGUGAUUGUUGUAGUUUUAGUCGGUAUCGCCUCUCAACUCUUCGUAAUUUACCGAAAUCACAAUAAACAUGCAAAACAGACUAUACGUCGGGUGCCGUUGGUUCCCCAAAAAUCAGCAACAGUUUUAAAGACGGCGAAGCAGACGACACUCAGACCAAGGCCACCGGAAGUUCCAAUAAUGCUCUGGUGGGACUCCGUGUAUACAAGUGUGGACGACUUCCGGCAAUGUGGACAGAUCACGUGCCGUGUAACCAACAACCGAACACUACAAAACCAUAUGGACACAAGGAUGUUUAUAUUCUACGGAUCCCACUUCAAGCCAUAUGGGUUGCCAUUCCCCAGGAAACAAAACCAUCUAUGGGCUUUAUUGCACGAGGAAUCGCCUCGGAACGCUUACAUCCUGUCACACGAGCCCACAUUGACAUAUUUCAACUUUACAUCAUCAUACAAUCAACGAUCUGAUUAUCCAAUCGCAACGCAAUGGCUACAGUGUCCCGAUUGGCUACAGGACAAAGAAUUCUUAUUGCCAUUGGUUGAUAAAAAUAGACUCCGGAAAUCCGGUUUGGCGCCAAUUUUGUAUUUACAAAGCGACUGUGAUGUUCCCUCUGACAGGGAUACCUUUGUUGAGCUGUUAAAAAAAUACAUUCCAGUAGAUUCAUACGGCGCCUGUGGACACAACAAAGAUAUGCCUAAAAGGUUGCGGUUUGAGAACAGUAUGGCUCCCCUGGAUGAAAGGGAGUUUUUCCAGUUCGCUGCCCGCUACAAGUUCACGCUGGCCAUGGAAAAUUACGUUUGUGAAGACUACGUCACGGAGAAGCUGUGGAGACCCUUUCGUUUAGGGUCCGUACCCAUUGUGUUUGGGGCACCAAAUGUCAAGGAGUACCUGCCAUCAAAUAAAUCUGCCAUUCUGGUUGAGGAUUUUGAAGACAUCAAGGACCUUGCAGAGUACGUAAAGCUGCUGGACAAGAACAAUAUAUUAUAUAAUGACUAUCUGAGGUUUAAGGAGCAGCCAACAAGCAAUACAAAGUUGAAAAAGCUACUUAAGGACCGUGAUUGGGUGCCAGACUAUUGUAAAAGAAAACAUCGGUCUCCAUUUCAACGACUAAAACAAACACAAAAACAGGAGGGCUUAACACACUCGUCAUUAUUCAUAGGAUUUGAGUGUUUUUUAUGCAAUCAAAUUCACAAAAUAGAAAAGCAAGUAUAUUCUGACGAGAUUGGGAUGCAAUUUGAUAGUCACGUGGCCACAAGUGACCAAUACUAUUGUCCAUCCCCGCGUAUGUUUGAUGAGAACGGUCACUACAGUGUCCACGAUGAGAAAUGGUCAUCAGAAUGGACGUUUGGGAAAUACGAGGCGAUGGCCCUCAAAAAACUUUAUGAUGCUCAAACAACUUCAUCUGAAAGAGAGUUCUCUAACUUAGCAUUAACUAUGCUGGAUGAAGAAGCACAUGGUGAUGAUUAUUGACACUGAUCUUAUUCCCAACAGUAUGGAAGCGCAUAUCGUAUAUACUGAUGAUGUGACUGACAUAAAAUCUGUCGGGUUGUUUAAUGUUUACUUGAUGAGUUAUAACGCGACAUUUUGGCGCAAGACUAUGUCGGUCGAAUUAUACCGAUUAUAUUUGUAGACAUAAAAAACUAGUUGAACUCAACAUUUGAAUCAGAUUGUAAAUGAAUACUGCAUAAAGCGUGUGACUUUAUUUGAUAAAAAGACAAGUGGAUUCAAUUUGUAUUACAUGUAAUAUUUCGUCGACAUAAAAGUCUUUAAAUAAGAAUUGAUAAUAAAUUAAGUUGAUAUAAAACAAGUCGACAUGAAACAAGUCGACAUAAAAUAAGUCGACAUAAAAUAAGUCGACAAAAAAUAAGCCGACGUGAAAUAUGUCGUCAUAAAUCAAGCCGACAUAAAAAGGUCGACAUAAAACGAGUCGAAAUAAAAUAAAUCGAUUUUAAAUAAGUCGACAUAAAAUAAGUCGACAUUGAACUAGUCGACAAUGCUACAUAAUUACAAUCAUCUGUAAAUAAAAUAGGGCACACCUAUGUGAUGAUGUUUUAUAUUAUAUAAUUGGCUAAAUAUUAUUUAUAAAUGGUUGUUCUUAAUUUAUGAUUUGUUUACCUGUUAUUCCUGCCUUUUUCUCAUCAAGAAUUGUAUUAAAUCUUGACAUUGUAAGAAAAAGUUGUGUUGACUUUAGUGAUUACUUAAUUUCAAAGAAAAUGAAAG